GUCGUAAUAAGCGCAAAAGUUGAUAAGAAGGCAUCAAAACUCACACUGCAGCUACUGAAUGCUGCCUGCUUAGCAGAAUAAACUGAAAGAGUGCUCGAUUGGAUGGCAAGUGCAGCAACAAGGCAAGUACAAGUGUGGAAGAAUAAAAAGCGAUGGCGUGUAAACCAAUAUUCACCUUUAGACGUGCCAAAAUUGACGAUAUCGGCGCUGUACGUGAAAUGAUACAGGAAUUGGCUGAUUUCGAAAAGAUGAGCGAUGGUCCGAAACUAACAGAGAAGGAUUUAAUACGCGACGCAGGACUCGACGCUGGACAGGAAUUUUGUCAUAUAUAUGUGCUCGACCACCAAAGUGCAGAACAAUCCACACCCGUCACCAUCGGCUAUAGUAUUUGCUUCUACGCCUACUCAACAUGGCAAGGGAAAUCCUAUUUUCUCGAAGACAUUUACGUGCGUCCGGCAUAUCGUAAGCUGGGUGCCGGCGCUUAUAUGUUCAGUGCUGUUGCGGCAAAAGCGAAGGAAUUUGGUUGUCAGCGUUUGGACUUUCAUGUGCUUGGUUGGAAUCCAGCGCGAAAGUUCUAUAAUCGUAUGGGUGCCGAGGAUUUGACCGAGAGUGAGGAGUGGCAUUUUUAUCGAUUGCAUCGUGAACAAAUCGAGAAACUGUCCAAUGAAUUAUAAUAUUUUUACAAUAAAAUAGGUUUUUUUAGAAAAAGUCAA